UGCGUCAAGUGCAGCAGUUUGAUAUUCGCUUGAGUAUCUUGUCAGAGGCGACAAUUGAUAUUCUUUUUUCAAAGGAAAAGGAAACAAAUGCAGUGCACAUGAACGUUCAGCGUGGAUCCUAUUUUGAGAUGACUCUGCCUUGGACUGUUGGCAAAGAUGGUUAUACCACAAAGAUUAAUGGUCAGCUCUUCCAUGUUGAUGCCUCGACAAGUCUGCAGUACCGUAGCCUUCUGGAAGCAGAGUCCCUCGAUUACUGCAUUAAUAUUCAGUAUCCGAGGGUGUGGAAUCAUGAUCAGACAUGGGACUUGCAAUUCAACAGCAGCAAGGCUACUUACCACUUCCUUUAUGCUCACAAAGAGUUCUUCCAAGAUUUGAUUGAAGAUUGGUCCUCCAGAGCUCCACCUGACCUCCUUCAUUUUGUUCCAUAUACAUGGAACUUCUGCUUAAGGCUUCAUCAGUUUGAGUUGAUUACCUUAGCAAAUGGUUAUAACUGGGUUGACUGCUCUUCUCAACACCAGGCAAAUGCUCACGUUGCCUUCUGUGGGGACUUAUUUGAACUGAAGUUUACCCUUCCAUUUGUAGACUUCUUGCCAGAAACAGUUACCCUCAAGUUUCUCAUGCUAGCCGAGACAGUUGAUCUAAGCUUAUAUCUACCUCCAUCAAAUACUUCACGAAAUAUCAUUGCUUCUUUGGACCGCAAUGCUAAGUUAGUUGAUCCAGAAGGAAGACCACAACAGCCCUUCACAAAUGAUAAAUGGAGAAAGUUUUGUAAACUUAGUGCUGGUUGGAUUGAUUGCUGGCAUGUUCUUGAACUGCAGCUAAAUAUUGGGUACAUUUAUCAUCCAGUCCCACCGCUUGGGCCAUCACCUCAGGCCAAUGUCUCUACACCAGAAAAGGAAGAGCUGCUGUUGUCACCCAUCCGAGCACCAAACAGGAAAAAAUCUCCAAUGGAAAUCAAAAGUAUACCUCGAGAACUAUUUGAUCCAACUUCAAUGAGUCCUGAUAUAUUCAGUGUGGAUCUGCAUAUUAGCAAGCCUUCAGAGAUUAAGUUAUAUGGCUCAGUUCUUCGAUUAUUCAUAAACCUAAAGGAAAACAUAUUUGGAGAAGAUCAGAAAUUUACUGAUAUGAAUCAGACACACAUUGAUGAAGAGAACCCAAUCGAUCUAAGUCAACAUGAAGAUUCAAAGUCAAACAGUGUUAUAGAGGAGAAAAAAGCUGAAUUUGAUUUCCGCAAAUACCGGCAGUUUAAAGUAAAAGUUUAUGUGGAUAUACGAAAUGUGCAUGGACAUCUUGUAAAGGACUGCACAGAAGGUGACCCUCCUUGCCCAACAGUAUCACUUGACCAUCUAGUGUUUGAAAUGAACAAGAAUUAUACCGAGACGCAGCUGCAAGUUGUGGUGUCUCCAUUAAUCCUCACCACAUCCGACACCUUCAGCCAUCGCCCUCCAGCUCACCAGCACCUGCAUACAGGGUUCCUAAUGCUAUCUGGAUUACAGAUGCGUGGUCAUGCUAUGUUCAGCUCAGAGGAACGAUCUUUAGAUGAAGAGACGCUCGAGUAUGCUUGGUUGGUGGAGCUCACCAUCGGAACACUCAAGGGCAAACUUACAACGCCUCAGCUCCAGAACAUUCUUACAGCUUUGGAAGCCUUUUUGCUGACUGUUGAGGACAUGGAGAACAGUUUACGUCAUCCACGACCCUACAUGUACUGCUAUCAUAAUACCCCACAGCCACAGUGUAUUCAUACCACCGCAGACCACUUUUGUCCUACUACAGAUGCCAUAAAAUACAAGAUGGUACGAGCUUCAGUAGAUGGUCUUAAUUUGAACUUGGUGGAAUCUGGAACCAUUCUAAGUAUAGAGGUUUAUCCUAUAAGAGUAGCAACUUGCAAUCUUCAUGGUCAGCAUACACGGUCUGGAAUUACUGCCCAUAUCCAGAACAUAAGUGCACGAAACUACAUCUGUGGUCAGUCUGGCCUAAAAGAGAAUGGAGGGCGAAUAGAGGUAGCUUCCACAUGUGGGACGUCCACGAGUGGUGCUGGUGGUGGUGGCCUUGGCUUGGCUGAUGUGUAUUCUGAUGUUUGGCUUGAGUCCUCUGCUGUUAUGCUGGGGCCAGUGUAUGUUGAUGCAGCAACCAGUAUGGAUGUCUUGCACCAUGACAUGCAGCUUAUCCAACACAAGUUCCUUAAACUGCAUGAUGAAAAGACAAAACGUCUGUGGUUCCUCUGGGCUCAGGAGACCACCAAAGUAUCUGCGCAGGUCUUUGGCAAGUGCGGCUGUGUUGGAGGCUGUGCCUUCUUUGGAAACAACAGGAAUGGUUUGCUGUUCUUCAAGCCUGGUAAACAAGACUUUUAUAAUGGCUUGAAUAUAGCCCAGUUAAGAGUGAAUGAGAGAACAGAGGACCCUGGUUAUGGCCAAAGUAUCCUUCAGGAAGGUCAGCUUGUAUUUCAGAGUGGAGCAUAUUCUGAUUUGUCUCAGAGCCAGUAUGACUCGCAUGCAACUACUAGUAAAGAUCACUAUGCUCUUAGCUCUGGCUACAUGAAGAGUGCAUCUCCAGCCACUCCAGCAGAUAUACAUCGUGGAAACAGUGCACUCCAUCAUGUUUCAGAUAUACACUGUACAGAUAGACUAAACCCACGACACCAUUACCAGAGGGAAGUCUCAGUUACUAGCCAUGAUUCAGACCACCAUAUAGUAGAUAUGGAGUCCAGGAGCCCCAAGGGAGCUGAUGAAUCCAAGGAUGUGGUUCUGGGUGUACCUGGAGCGUCCCCUGGUAGUCUGUCAGACCUAAGACGGUCUGUGGAUAAUGUGAAUAGUGCAAGGCAGUCAAAGAUGCCAUCUAGUCUGUCUCUACAAACAGAACUGCCACUGCAUGCAGCCAGUGGUCCCAGGCUGUCAGUGAGUGGAAUGAGAGAGUCUAAUUCAAAGCAGUCACUGUCUAGUCAGCAGAGUCUUUUGACUAGUGUGCAAAGGACCAUCUCUAUUGGUAGUGAGACACAGUCAGAAGCUUUUUUUUCAGCCAACGAAGAUCAAAUGACUGUCAUUGGAAAUGGAGAAGGAACAUUGUCAAGAGUAUCAUCUCAACUGAGCCUGCAGCCAGUACUGGAAGAUCAGCAUUCACAGAUGAGGACUGAUCUCUCCAGUGAAACAUCAACACCUCCAACUCCACAUCAUGACCCCAGUAAACUUACUAUCAGUUCUGGAAGUUAUCAUAGUACUGAGGAAGGCUACAAAAACCAAUCAUCUUCCUGUAGUAGAAGUAGACAUGAUAGUAGCAGAAGCACAAGCAGUUGUAGCAGCAGUGGUCACAGUCCAUGCCUAGACCACAGCCAAGCAUCCCUCCUGCACUCGCUUGGUUCUGAGUCUUCAAGAGGAUCUGAAUACCACCAACCAAAGAGAUCCAGGAAGAAGAGGGAGAGGAUUCAGGCAUCACUGGACUGCAGUGGAGAUAGCAGUUCUGAGGUUGGAAGUGUAUCUAGCACAUCCUUCAUAUCUGCAGUUUCAUCUCAAGAGGACAUUGCACUAGUAGAUCUUCACAUGCAACUCAACAAACCAAUUACUGAUUCUCCACUUCUCAUGUCUUCCUAUAUUAACCACAUGACUCAACUUCGAUGUAUGAAUUGGGACACACCGAUGCCAAGCUUCAAGGCCUGCAAUUGUGGAGCUCCGGAAUGUCAUAUUCCAGUUUUUGAGAAAAUAAGCGAAGGCUUCACAGCUAUCAGGAUGGUUGACAGUGGAAGAUUGGCCCCCCCAAGGUCUCCUCCUCCCCCAUCAGGUCGCACACCUUCACACCCUUAUACCUGGGAUACUCCGAUAUUCACAUGGGGAGAUACACAGGAUGAGAUGGGUCAUGAGGAUUCACAGGAGGUGGUUGGUGGGGUAUGCGAUGCUAAUACUACGCGUACCACUGUGGUAGUGAAGCUGAAGAAGGAUAUAGACAUAACACUGUCCCCAAUGGCUUUAGAAUCUGCUCAACUCUUUAUUGAGGCUUUAACACCAGUGAUGGAGCAACUGCAUCCUAUGUCAAUUAUCAACCGUGCACACAUGAAGUCAUUGUCUGCAGUUGCGGGUCAGAAUACCCUCAAAAAGGAACGUUACAUGUACUGGUCUCGGCUUAGGGAUAAAAAAGUAGCGGGAACACCUGAACAAUCAGCAGUCCUAAGCACAACCUAUCAGGAGAGUUGUUUCAAGCAAAUGCAGGGGCAAGUCACAGUGCCACGGGUGAACAUUACACUACUCCAGGCAUCCGUGGUAGAGGAGGUUAUAUCAUUCUCUGCCCUAGAUAACAUAAGGGACUUGACAUGUGUGUCUUUAUUUUCUGUGUGCCUAGAUAAUGUUAGCCUUCAGUUUUAUUCUGGGCACCAGUCAAAAAAGUCAGUCCACAUGUACAUGAGGAAUCCGCAUGAUCCUGUUAUGCAAAAGAAGGGAAAAGGUAAAGCAAGACAUGCAGUUGAUUUACUAGCAGAACCAGUUUACAUUGAGACAUCUGAGAAACAGCAGGAGGAAAAUAUGAUGUCUGUUGAUGUGAACAAGAUGCAUGUUCAGCUGAGACGCCUCAAGAAUGAAAGUGUUUUGCUAAAGGAUGCUAGUAUAACAGCAGUACCAAACCACAGAUCUAAAGUGUUGUUUACCUUCAAGCGCUGUGCUCGUGUGAACAGCGAGGAAGGAGACAAUGGAGGCUCAGCAGGAACCCCAGUUAUGGAGGAUGACAGAAUGGGUUUCAUUAUGUUUGAGGCAGGCUUGGAGAAUGUUGCAUUAAGAGCUGUAAAGAGAAAGGGAUUUGGCCAGCAGCCUGAAGGAGGGAAGCUUGAUGGCACUACAGCAGGAGGAAACAAUGGAGCAACCACAUCAGCAUUUAGUGGUGCUGGUCAGAGCUCAAGUUCUGCGCCAGGAACUGCCACUAAUGAGCCUACAAAGCCAGUACCUGAGAUCCGCAAGGAGUUUUCUGAACGACUAGGAUCGUCUUCUGUCUCGCAGAUGUCUAACAUGUCAAGUCAUUCUGGAGUCCCCCAUUCCAAUUCAUCUGCUGCCAAUGAAAGUGUGAAAGAUUUACCUGUAGUACAGACAAAAGACAAACGUGAUAUUACAUCAUUCAUGGUGGAAUUGAGAACUGUUUGGUUCAAUUUUGCUGCCCCCCCUCACACUCCUUUCACUAAGAAAAUUGAUUUCACAAGACUGGACUGGAAUUUGCUUAGCACAGCAUCUCCCUCAAUCAAUGCUUGGAUGAACCCAAGUGACCGACUCACUGUUGCAGUCAUCCAGUUUCUGCAUGCCUCAGAGAUUCGCAGACUGGGGGUUAUGGCUUCCCUCAUGGCAGAAGCUCUUGAUGUGCAGAGUCUGCAUGUACCUGUUAAGAAUAAGUAUGUCAAGCUGAUGCCCCUUAGUCAGACUCUUCAAGAAGAUCCUUCAUGUCAGUUGUGCACAGUGUUACGUCGCUAUGUUCUGCAGUCAUCUUCACGCACCAUUGAGAGCAACCUGACACCACAGCAUCUUCCCAAGCUUGCUACUCUGAGACAGGGUGUAGUGGUACUAAGUAGGCAGUGGAAGAAUGCAUUGUACAUGCCACUAUUGAUGGAACAAACAUUUAGAAACAAGCAGGCACGUCCAACAUUUAAUUACAGGCCAAGUGCAGUACCAGAGGGUCGAGCAACACCAAAGUUUGAUCCGACCUUAAUAGCGACUGAAGUAACAGAUGAGAAAACAACGCUUCUGGAGGCUGAAGGAGGAUCACUACACUCUCGACAGGCUCAGGAUGGGAGUGGCACUAUUGGAGGUGAAGAUGUCACUGAGGGAGUAUUGAGUUCCAGUUCGACCCAGCUCCCUCCCAGACGCUCGCUCCCGUCCUAUCCACCUCGGUCUUCAAGGGCAUCAGUCAUUCUGCCUGUUUUCAACACCAACUUUGAAUCCCCUGCUAGAUUUCAGUUUCCAAAAAUUGGAGCAGGUAUUGGUGGACACCUGGGAUUUUUGCGUGGAGGCAACCAGGCUCGUGGUGGAGCAGCAGAUGAUCGUAGUAGGGGCAGCCACACCUCUGGUUCAGAUCAAAUUUCUUCAUCUAGUUGUGAAGGUGUUGGGGGAUCAGGUAUAGGAACACCGAGUCGGCCUCCCACAGUGGGUUGUGAGAAAGAUCAUGAUGAUCUUUACAAUUGGAUGGUGCGGCAGCAGGAAUACACACAUGUCAAUGAUGGUACUAAACCCACUGUGACUUUUCCUCAUCAAAGUGGCCUUCAUACAGUAAAUGAAGGAGGCAGUGAUCGCCGUGAGCAUCAUCCUAUUAAGGACUCAAACAUAAUGCCUGAGCCUCAGGGUGCCCAUUUCCUUGAGGCUCAUGUGAUCUUUGAACCUCUGCUCUCUGCAAUUGGUGUAAUAACGCAACAGGUAACAGGAGGAGCCCUCGAGCAGCUAGGAUCAAAUGUUUCCAUCACUGCUAGUGUAGAGACUCUCCGUGUGGACAUCAUUGAAUCUGAAGCUUCUAAACUAAACAAGAAGAAACGCAAAACUGGCCUUCAUCCAGGUAACACACCUGCAACAUCAGGGGACAACUCAGAGGUUCCUGGUAAAUUCUUCCUAGAUAUUGGCAGUGAAGUCCCAGCUUUCCUUUGCGAACGUGUUGGACUUGAGAUAGAUGUAAGCAAAGUGGCAGAUGAUUCUCGAGAAUGGGUCACACACCAGCCAACACUUUUCGUGUCAAGAAGUGCCUUGAAACAACACACCUCAACUAUGGUUCACUUCUCUCUAAAUAUCCAUUAUAUUGCUCAGCAGGUCAAUAUGCCCCUUCUGAGACUACUACACCAAAUAAGUUCAAUGUAUCAGAAUGCCAGAGAGACGCAGUUAGGAUUGCGAGAACAGAGACCAACUCGUACAAAGGACACAAAUUUACCCCCACAUCACAAAGAUGGAUCUUAUUCAGAGCUACAUGAGGGAGAAUAUAAGGGAGCAGAAUAUAGCAUCAGCAUCAGUGAGGAACAGGCUACUGUGUCAUCAUUAGCUGGCAUAAAGGGUCCGCGAGGCUCAGUUGUCUCAUCCCUCUCUGCACGCAUAUCCCCGCAACCUCCAACCUCUAGAGUCAUGAGACCACAGAGUUUUGCGCAGAGGUUCCGAUCCUCUACAAAAAUGAGUAAAGGUUAUACCAAUCUUGGGGCUGAGCGUGGCACAGGCAGCCCACUCUUCAGUAUCAGUGUAAGUGGCUCUGGUCUGGAGGGUGCCACCAUCUGUUCUUCAGACAAGUCACCCUUGCUUGGACCUGCUGAGGCUCCAACACCCAUCCCAGCAGCCUCUGCAACUCCCAAAUGCUGGAGGAAUAUAUAUUAUCUUCUGGAUCUGUACACCACCACUCCAGAAACAAAGACAGUACAGCAAAGGACAUCAGUAGCAGGUGAUGCAUCAGAGGGGUAUAAAGGCAGCCGCAAAUAUGAUAUUCUCAAGGAAAGUAAGCAAGUGGAUGUAGAGGCUGGAAUCACCACCUCAGUCAGUGCUCCACCCCUUGUUGCUGAGAAAACCAAAGAUAUUGGCCUGAUAUCAGGAGAACGAACACCUCUUGUAGUGUUUGGAUUAGCAAAGAUUCAGCGAACCAAGCUGCUUGCUACGCUCAGUGGUCUAAAGCUCGAAGCUGAAAUGAAUGCUGUUCAUUCAUCCCUUACUUUCAGCAUGAUUGUUGAGAAGGCACAGUAUUCAGCUACUGAGCUACCAGUAUCAGAUUAA